AUGGAUCACAAGUAUGAUCCGGAAGACAUACCGGAUAAUGCCAAAGAAUGGAAUAAUUAUUGGAAGAUUCCAGAACAACGGAAUGAGUGUAACGAUCAAGGAAGAAACAAAAUGACCAAUGGUCAAGCAAUGAACACUAAAUGUGACAAUGAAUGCGAUCAAAAUAAAUCAAAAAAUUUCGAUAGCAAAAAGAAAGGAUUAAAAUUUGAAAUUAAUACAAAUACUGGAAAUGCAAUUACUGAAAAGCAAGAAGAAUGCAACGAUGGCAAACAAUUUGAAAGUAUUGAAUGGAACAAAAAUUUGCAAAUCCCGGGAUUACUGAUAAAUAUCUCGAGAAAAUGCACAUUAGCAUUAUCAUCAUUCCAGAUAUUAUCAGAUACUUUUCAACAGUAUUACAAGCAAUGUUGUGAUGCAUUUCAUAUUUGUCACAAUGAUUUGACAAUUGAAACAAUCGAGCAAUGUGGUGCGCUAACAUAUGCAUUUAUUAAAUUACUAUUUCAUAUUGGCUAUAAUCCUGAACGAAUAAUCGUUUCCGGAAUUGAUACACUAAUGAUGUUAGCUGCUAAAAAUGCAAUUAAACUUGAUGAUGCAUGUUUUGCAUGGAAAAUGAUCGAUUCACUGAUAACAACGAUCAGUGGUGAUAAAUUGAUAAUUGCUAAACAAAUUAAUGCAAUCCUAUCAAAAAUUGAUAUUAAUUUUCAAAAUGCAAUUUCGCUAAUUAACAUCGAGCAGCUAAUCAUAUCAAAUAUGGAAACACUGAUAACAGCAAUUCUUACAAAUGAAAUGCAAAAUGAACAAUUUUUAAAUGAUCAAUUAAAAUCAUUUAUGAUAAUUGGAUCAACAAAUAAUAAUUGCUUAAUGAAGCAUAUUGAAAAUUUUGAUGAUUUUAUAACAUUUAUUGCACAUCAAAAUAAUUUCAAACUUUUUAAUGCAUUACAAAAAAUUUUAAUUGAAAAAAAAACUAUGACAAAUUUAUCAGUCAAUGAAAAAAUUUUCAAUGUUAAAAUAAAUUUGAACGAUGAAAAAUAUUUAUUUGCUCAUUUGAUACAUAAUUGUAAUAUUUUAUCAGCUGCUACACUACUUAUCACUAUUUUUAACUCAUUUUUAAAUGAGCGUUACAUUUUUAAAAAUGUAACAUUCUUAUUUCCUGUUAUUUUUACAUCUGAAAAUGAUUUUAUUCAUUUUAAAAUUCAAUUUUCUGCUAAUAUUUGCACUGUUACAUAUAAAAAUCAUCAAUGUGUUACAUUUCAAUUUGUUAGAAAUUGUCAAAUUGUCAAAUAUUUUGACAAAAGUAAUAAUUGGAUUUCUGCUAGCAUUGAUAAACGAUUAUUAGCUAUUGAAACAGAAUUAAAUGCUAAAUUAGUAACUGAAAAAGAAUUUUAUACUGAAAUGGAAAAGUAUUACUAUCAAUAUUAUGCGGAAUUUCGUUCGGUGAAAAAUUUAUUAAUUAAUGGAAAUUAUGGUACGGUUGAACUUACGCCAAGUGAACAUUUUGACGUGUUAAUCGACGGAGCUAUGCAAGCAAUUGUUUUUAUUUACAUUCAACAAUUUGGUGUAAAAUCGACUGGUACCACAUUGGUACCAUUUCAUAUACAACAAAUGAUUAUCACUGAUAAUAUUAGCGAAGAGGAAGAAAUUUCGAUUGGAAGAAGAAGAGAAAGAAGCAAUAAUUCUAAUGCUAAUAUAUUAGCAUUUGUUAAAGUUAAAUUAAAAAAUGGACAAAUUCAGGGUUCAUUUCAAUUUAUCACUGAUAAAAUUACUGUUAUAGCAAAUGCUAUCAAUUUUUCUCCAAUAAAAACAAAUCAUAUAUUAAAAUCAUUGAAAAAUGAUCAAAAUUUUUCAUCAACAUUUAACAAAGCAAACAAACAUUCAUCAUAUCAAAUGGAAUUAAAAAAAUUAAAAAUGAAAAAAUUUGAACAAUUAGAAAAAAUAUUAGCAAAUGAUCAGAAAAUUGUAUGUAUUAAAUCAAUUGCAUGUCGUUUACCAAAAAAUAUCACUGAUCCAGCAGAAUUUUGGAAUGCACUUAAAAUUGGUGAUUUGAUGACAGAUAAAAUACCAUAUGAUCGUAUUAAUGGUAGAGAUAAUUUAGCAUAUGGACAACAAUAUGGUAUACCAAUACGAUGUGGUAAUUUCUUAUCAAAUAAUAUUAGCUAUUUUGAUGCAAAAUUUUUUGGUAUUUCAAGAAGUGAAGCAGAAAAAAUCGAUCCACAACAACGUUUACUUUUAGAAUGUAUUUAUGAAUGUAUGGAAAAUGCUGGAAUGAUUCAUUUACAUGAUGCAGGUUUUUUUAUUGGUUUUAUGUCAAAUGAAUAUGCAAAUAUUGUCAAAUGUGAUGAUGCUAUAUCAAUGCUUGGUUCAAGUGCAAGUAUUGUUAGUGGACGAUUGAAUUAUUUGUUUGGUAGUAAUGCACCAGCAAUUACAAUUGAUACUGCAUGCAGUUCAAGUUUAGUUGCAUUACAAAUAGCAAUUGAUGCAUUAAAAAAUGAACAAUGCAAAAUUGCUAUUGUUGCAGGUGUUAAUUUAAUUUUAACUGAACAAAGUAUUGGUCAACGAGCUAAUGGUCAUUUAUUAGCUGAUGAUGGCUUAUGUCGUAGCUUUGAUGCAUUAUCAAAUGGCUAUGGUAGAGCAGAUGGUUGUGUAGCACUUCUUUUAACAUUAAAUAAUAUCACUACUACUACUACUACUACUGAUAAUAUCACUACUACUACUACUGCUGAUAAUACUACUACUGCUGCUGAUAAUAUUACUACUAGUAGUAAUACUACUGAUAAUGAAAGAAUUGAUGAUUGUAUGAUAAGAAUAAUUUCAACAACAAUUGGUCAUAAUGGAAAAAGCAUUUCACUAACAGCACCAAAUGGUUUUGCACAAGAAAAAUUAUUGCAAAAUUGUUUGAGUGAAAUUUCUGAAAAGCAAUUGAUUGAUUAUUGGGAAGCACAUGGUACUGGUACAAUAAUUGGUGAUGCAAUUGAAUUAAAAGCAUUGCAAGCUAAUUUGCAGCAUCAAUGCUUAAUAAGCACUGCUAAAACACAUUUUGGACAUUCGGAAGCUGCUGCUGGUGCUACUGGUUUAGCUAAAAUUUUAUUGCAAUUUAAAAAUGAUUAUAUUCCAGUGCAUGGAUCAUAUCAAUUUUUACAAAAUUUACAAAAUGGAAAUUUAUAUUUGCCUAUUAUUGGUGAAGAAUGGAUGUGUAAUAAUGCAUUAGCUGGAAUAAGUUCAUUUGGUAUUGGUGGUACAAAUGCUAUGGCAAUAAUACAAUGUAAAAAAUUAUUUGAUAAUAAACAAUUAAAAAUGAAAUUAAAUUUAACAACAAAAAUGCAAACAUAUCUUUGUCCAUUAUCAGCAAAAUGUAUGGAAUCAUUAAAUAUGCUAAUGAUAAGCUAUCAAACAAUGCUUGAAAAUAGCAAUCAAAUAAUUGCUAAUAUUUGUUCAACAGCAUCGCUUCAUCGAAAUCAUAUGCAUUAUCGUGCUAUUAUUAUCAUACAUAAAAGAAAAAUUAUACAAAAAUUGGUGAUGAAAAAUGAUAAAGACGGAAAAGGAGGAGAAGGAGAAGCAAUGAUAGGAUUGAAAUUAUCAAAUUAUUCAUACAUAUAUCUAUUUUCUUGGUUUCAUUCAAAUUUUCCAAAAUUUAGAAUGAUUUAUAAAUUUUAUCUUCCAUUAAUGAAAAAUUUUGCUGUGCAACAAAUUCUGGCAAAAUUAUCACAAACUUAUUGUGAUAUUAUUUUAGCUGGCCUAUUAAGUUUAAUUACUUUUCUAAAUGAUAUUGGCAUUAAAUUAAAUGCUAUUUAUGCUACUGAUAAUUUAUCAUUGCUAGCAGCACAUUUAAUUACAGCAACAAAGAAGCAAAUCGUUGAUCGUUAUAAAUGGUAUAAAUUAGAUAUUAUUAGAGAUCAGAAAAAUUUUGAAUAUGAAUUAAUGGAAAUGAUUGGAAUAUCAUAUUUACAUGGAAAUUGUAUUAAUUGGAAACAUCUCUAUUCAACAUCUUCUUAUCAAAUUACACUUCCAAAUUAUCAAUUUAAACGUGAAUCAUAUUGGAUUACAAAAAAUUCACCAACAAUUGAUCAUUGGUUAAUUGGACGAUUGAUGAAAGAAGGCCAAAAUGAAUGCAUUUUUAUUAAUCAAAUUAGCAAAAUGACAAAUGCAAAAUUAUUGAUGGCGUUUAAAUACAAUGGACAAAUGCGCUUUUCAUUUGGUAUUUGCUGUGAUGCUAUUAUACAAGCAUUACAGCUAACAUUUUUCACAAAAAAUAUUAGCAAACAAUCGCAAUAUUACUUUCAUAAUUUUACAAUGAACAAAUAUUUGUUGAAGGAAAAUGAUUGGAUGAAAACAACAAUUACAAAAUAUUCAAAUAUCAAAUAUCACAUCAAAUUAACAUGUGCAACAAGUGUUAUUUGUGAAGCAAAUAUUAUUCUUAAUGUUCAUGAAACAACAAUGAAACGAUUAAAUAUUAAUAAAAUUAAAAAUGGUUUUAUUAGCAAACCAAAUUUUUAUGAAAUUCUCAAUAAUAAAGGAAUAAUUUAUGAUGGAAUUUAUCAAACAAUUAUUCGUACUUCUACAACUUCCUCUAAUGAAAUAAUAUUUGUAGCAAAAUGUUGCUAUCAAAUUUUUCAUAUAUUAGAAGCAAUAAUACAAAGUGUAUGCUAUUGUGAUAUUUUAAAUCCAAAUGAUAUUUAUGGUGAUAAGAAAUUUAUCAUUAAAAAUUUAAAUUUUCAUCAAGCAUUUUUAACCGAAUCAACAGUGUAUUUAGCAAUUACAAAUCGUAAAAUUAUCGUUUAUAGCGGAAAUGAUCAAACGAUAAUGAUAAGUGUGAAUUUGGAUGAUGAUAAUGAUAAUAACAGUGAUAAUAAAUGUAAUGAAAAGAUUGAUAAGAUGAAAAAGGGUCGAAAAGAGAAAAUUGAUAAGAAAAAAAAAUCAGAUCAAUUUAUCAGCACUUCAUUUGUUACUUAUCAAGAAUGCAUUGAUAAGGUACGACAUGCAGUGGAAGAUAUUCGUAAAGAUAAUUGUCCAAUUAGCAAUAAGCAAUUAUCAGCAUCAUUUAUUGAACUUGGUCUUGAUUCAUUAGCAAUUACUGAUCUUGCUAAUCGUUUAAAUACAAUUUAUUUUCCUAAUUUGCAAUUUAGUGCUGUUGAUCUUUUCAAUUAUUCCAAUAUUAAACUGUUAACGGAUGCAAUUUAUAAGCAUAAAAUAUCAUCAAAAAUUACUGAUAACAAAGAUGAUAAAAAGAUAAGUGAAAUAAUGGUGAAGCAUUCUGGCACUAUCACUACAUUUGAAGAAUUCUCGACUUCUAGAGAAUCUCGACUGGACGAUAAGCAUACAUUAUCAUCAAUGCUGGAUGAUAAUGAUAAUUAUGCAUAUACACAAAUAUUCUUUAAGAAGCAGUCAAGAAAUGAUUGUAUGAAUGUUAUCAUUACUGAUAAGGAAUUUUUAUUGAAACAAAAAUCAGAUAAUCAAUUGAUAAUUAUUGUAAAUGAUAAAAUGCAAAAAUAUCAAAGCAUUGAUGAUAAUGCCAAAAUAUUGCAUUUUAAUAGAAGAAAUUCUGUGAAUUUCAAGCAUUAUUUGCUAUCAUAUUUGAAUGAUCAUAAAAAAAUUUUGAUCAAAUUUGCAUUAAGCAAUAAUUUUUCACUAAAAUAUCUUGUUGAUGUAUUACUUCAAUUAACACAAAUAAUAAUCAUUCAAUCAAAUCAAAUUUUUAUAUUUUCUAGCAAAUUUAAUUCUGGAUAUGCUAAUGCAUUUGCAUUAGGAUUUGCUAAAAGUUUAUGCGCUGAAUUAUAUCCAAAAGUGCAAUAUGAAUGGAAUUUUAUUUUGCAAAAAAUUUCAAAUUUUAAAAAUUAUACAAAAAAACAAUUAUCAAAAUUAUCAGUGAUAAAAAAUGAUGCAUUGUUAAAAGAAAGAUGGCUUAUAACUGGUGGUCUUGGUGGUAUUGGUUGGCAAAUGGCUAAAUAUAUCGGUUACAAUCGUCGAAAUAUUUCACAUCUUUUUUUGCUUGGUAGAAAAGAACCAAAUGAAAUGCAAAAUGAUGAAAUGAAAAAAAUGCGUGAACGUACGGGCGUUGACGUACGAGCAUUUUCGGUUGAUUUAACAUGCAAAAUGCAAGUGCAAGAAUUUUUUGAGAAAUUACCAGUAACAUUAACAAGUAUUAUUCAUAGUGCUGGUUGCAUUCAUGAUAAAUUAGCAGCCAAACAAACACAUUCAACUUUUCGGCUUGUAAUUGAUGCAAAAUGUAAUGGUUUAUUAAUGUUGGAUAAAUUAUGUCGUUUACAUCCAAUUAAACAUUUUAUUAUUAAUUCAUCUAUUUCUGCAUUAAUUGGUAAUCGUGGCCAAUGUAACUAUUCGGCAGCUAAUGCUUUUAUUGAUGAAAUUAUGCUUAAACGUCGAGCAAAACAACUUCCAGCAACAAUAAUUAAUUGGGGUAAUUGGUUAGAAACCGGAAUGGCUAUUAAGGCUAAUAAAAUUUUAAAUGAAAUUGGUUUCAUUGGUUUGAAGACGCAAAAAGCAUUAGCUUAUUUACAAAUUGCUAUUGAUUAUGCACCGGAAAGAAUGAUUAUUGCACAAAUUGAUAUCCGGAAAAUUUUACACUAUCGUCCUGAUUUAGCUACUGUAUUACUCAAUACUGCAAAUGAUAAUAAUAUACAAAUAAUUGGAAAGAAUAAUUCGGAACAGAUGUUAAACCGAAGUGAUCAAUUGGACAAAAAUCAAUCAAUAACUGAUAAUUUGGUGCAAUGGAAUAAAAAUACGGCAGCAGCAAAUAAAACAGGAAUUAAUGAAGAAAAAAACAUUGAUUGUCUCAAAUUAGAAAUGAUCAAAAUAUUGGAGGAAUUAACUGGUGAUAUGAUAACAAUCGAAAAUUAUCAGCAAACUUUUAUGGAUCUUGGUCUUGAUUCAUUCAAAAUUUAUCAAUUUGUGAGUAAGUUAACGGAAAAAAUUGAAAUAAAACCAACUUUAAAUGUAUUAGCAAUAUUUGAGCAUCCAACAAUCAAUCAACUUUUACAUUAUAUUGCAUCAUUAUACUAUCGUAUUAAAGAAUAUUCUGACGAUGAAAUUACUGAGCGCAUUGAGCGCAAUUGUCAUGCAAAUUUGAUGGAUUAUUCAGAAAAUAUAGCUAAAAGUUUUAAAUUUUUUACACUUCAUUCAACAGCUAACAAAAAAUUAGACAACGAACAAAUUCGCUUUUAUAAUUUGCACAAACAAUUAAAUCGAUCAACGAUGAUUACAUGUAGCAAUAAACAAUGGAACAAUAAUUAUUUACAUAUUAUUUGGGGUUUCAAAUAUAAACUGUUGCAAGAAGAAAUUAUUAUUGCAAAUAAUAUUGAGCAUUCUCGAAAAGCAAUUAUAUGCUUUAUGAUUAGUGGACAAGGAAGUCAAAUAUGGAAUAUGGGUAGACAAUUAAGUUCUAUUUUUCCAUUUUUUCGACAAAAAUUUGAUGAAACAUUAAAUAUUGCAAAUGAAUAUAUGGCUAAAAAAAGUGUCAAUAUUCGAGAUGUAAUUUAUCAUUGGCAUUAUCGAGAGUUGCUGUAUAAAACAAAUUAUGCACAACCAAUUAUUUAUUGUUUUGCAUAUUCGCUUGCAAAAUUUUAUGAAUAUUGCGGUGUAAAUGCGACAUAUUUUGUUGGACAUAGUAUUGGUGAAAUUGUUGCAUAUACAUUAGCUAAUCAAAUAUCACUUAUUGAUGCAUUAAAAUUAGUCAUACGACGUGGUGAAAUUCUUGAAUUUACCAGAGGAAUGGGUAAAAUGAUUGCUGUUAAUGAUAAAGAAAAUGGUGCAAAAUUACAACAGUAUAGUGGAAUGCACUAUGCAGCUAUCAAUAGUGAUAAGCAAAUAAUCUUAUCAGGUGAUAAUCAAUCAGCUAAAUUAUGCAUACAUUAUGCACAAUUACAUCAUUAUUCAUUUACAAUAAUUGAUGAUUGCUAUCCAUUUCAUAGCUCAGUAAUUGAUAACACAUUAUUAGAGCAAUAUAAAAUGGAAUGUAAACAAAUAAAAUUGAAAAAACAAACAAAACAAAAUGUUAUUUGCUAUUCCACUGGUGAAUUAAUCAAUGCUACUAAUUUCAUUGAUAAUCAAAUAAUUGCAUCAAUUAAUUCAACUGUAUAUUUUAAAAAAUGCAUUGAAACAUUACGUAGAAAUAAAACGAAUAUAUGGCUUGAAAUUGGUAAUGGUGAAAUUUUGACAACAUUUGUACGAAGUAUGAUUAAUUCUAAAUCAGAUAAUUUAAUAUUAUCAUCAAUUAGCAAUAAUAUGUAUGAAAUGGACUCAUUUAUUCAUUCAUUAUGUCAACUUCAAAAUUUUGGUGUUAAAAUUAAAUGGGAACAAAUUUGCAAUGAAAUUAACACUGAUAAUAAUUCCACUGAUAAAAGCAUGCUGAUGAAAAAAUUGUUGAACAAAAAAAAUAUGAAAUUAUUUGAGGAGCAUCGUCUUCAUGGUGCUAUAAUAUUACCUGCUGCAUUUAUUAUUGUUCUAUUUGUUGAAUAUACAACAAAUUUAUUGGAUGCAAAAAUUGAUGCAAUGAAAAGAAUGAAUUAUGAUAAGUUAUCAGAUGAAAGGAGAAUGAUUAUUUUUGAAGCAUUACGAUUGGAAAAACGAAUUACUGUUGCUAAUCUAAGCAAAAUUAAUGUGAAAUUUAUCAAAACAGAAUUAUUGCUAACAGAUAGCAGUGAUAAUAAUUAUUGCAGUUGUCGAUUAGGUAAUGAAAAGCGUAAAAUAAUUGUUGAAAAAAUGAAACAAAUUAAUGCAUUAAAAAAUUUACAAAUUAAAUGUAAACAAUUCAAAAUGAAAAUGCACAAUUUAUCGCAUCAAUUAUUUUAUGAAAUAAUGCGAAAAAAUGGCUUACAAUAUGGACCAAAUUUUCAAAUAUUACGUGAAAUAUAUCGUAAAGAUUGUUAUAUUAGUGCAUUAUUGAUAAAUGAUAAUGAUCUGAUAAGACUUAUUGAUGGUUCACUUCAAUUACUUUCUGCUGCACUUCUCAAUACGAACAAAUUAUCAGUUUAUAUUCCAUUUGCAAUUGAUGAUAUUAUCAUCAAUUAUAAUGCAAUAUGUACAAAAAGCAAUUAUUUUCAUGCAUAUGGAAUUAUCACAAAACGUACUGAUAAUAUUAUCAAAGGAUCAGUUAUUAUUUAUGAUAAUGAUAGUGAAAUUAUUAUUUUACAUAAUGUUAAAGCAAUUGAUAUUAGUGCUAAUAAGUCUAUUAUAUCAACAAAACAUUGCAAUCAUUCACAAUCACAAUAUUCUGCUAACAAAGAAAUGAACCAUUUUGCUAGCAGUGAUAAGUGUGAUAACACUACAAGUGAUAACAAAAUUACUCCAACUAAUACUGUUAGUAAAUUAACAGAUGAAAUUAGCACAGAUAAGAAAUUAUCUAUUCAAGAUAAAAUAUUAGAAAUUGAAAUUAUUAGCUAUAUUGGUCAAUUUCCUAAUUCUGCAACUGAUUGUGCAUCAUUAUGGAAUAAUUUGAAAGCAGGAAUCAAUUCUCAUUCAACUGAUAAUAUUCAAAAAUUUCAAACUGAUAUAACAAUGUUUGAACCAUCAAAAUUUGGUAUUACACCUAAAGAAGCAAUUUACAUUGAUCCUCAACAACGUAUUCUAUUAGAGUUGACACAAAAAUUAAUUGAAAAAACAGGUUUGAAAGAAUUAACUAAUGAAACAGGUGUUUUUAUUGGUGUUAGCUCAAAUGAUUUUGCACAAAAAGCAUAUGCAGAAAUUAAUGAUGCAAAUUCAUACCUGAGUACAGGUACAAAUCAAAGUGCUUUAGCAGGACGUAUUGCUUAUUGGUAUAAUUUAAAUGGACCAACAAUGGUAAUUGAUACAGCAUGUUCAUCAUUUGCUUCUGCACUUACUGUUGCAUGUGAUAAUAUUAAACAGGGUAAUUGUCGUAUGGCACUUGUUGGUGCUAUUAAUAUAAUUUUAAAUUUAAAAUCAACAACUGUCUUACAGAAUGCUCAAAUGCUUAGUGAAACAAAUUUUUGUAAGGUAUUUGAUGUGGAUGCAGAUGGAUAUGUUCGAUCAGAUGGUGCUGCUAUGAUAUUAAUUCAUGGAAAAAAUUUGAAUUUAAAAAGUGAAACAUUUGCAAUUCAUCAAAAUGAUUUUAAAUUUACAAUUGAAGCAUACGGUAUGCGACAUAAUGGACGAUCAAAUGCGCUUACAGUACCAAAUGGAAUAAGUGAAUAUGAAUUAAUGAGUAAAGUUUGUAAGAAACGAGUAAAUAAGUCAGUGAUAAAUUGGGUGGAAGCACAUGCAACAGGUACCUCAUUAGGUGAUCCAAUUGAAGCAAAAGCUAUUUUAAAUGCUUUGGCUGAUAAUAAUGAUAAUGAUAAUGAUGCUCAAUCGAUUCAUAUUACAUCGGUCAAAAGUUCAAUAGGUCAUUGUGAAGCUGUAGCCGGUGCUGCAUCAUUAAUUAUGGUGCUUGAAGCAUGCAAUCAUAACUAUCUACCAUCAAUGCAACAUUUCAAAUUGUUAAAUCGAAAUAUCAUAAAUGAUUGUGGUUCAUUAAUUGUACCGGUAAUUGGUGAAGAAUUACCAAAUGGUACCAUUGAUAUACUCAUAAAUAGUUUUGGUUUCAGUGGUACCAAUACAUCAAUCGUUCUCAGAAGAUCAAAUCGAGAACAAUUGCAAAAUGAUGUAAAAAGAUCAAAACAAUCAAUGAUAAAGCAAAUGCUAUCAACCAAUCAUUCUCCAUCUAUCAUUUCAUAUUCAGGUGAUAAUUUAGAAGUACUUAAAUUAAUUUCCGGAAAAUUAAAAAUGUAUGUAGAAAAUGCAUGCUACAAUCUUACAACAGUCUGUGCAAUGUUACAAAAUUCACCGGAUUUAUCUACCGGAAAAUAUCGAAUAGCAAUGCCAAUUAAACAGCAUACACAAAAAUGGAUGUCUUUUGUGGAAAUGUUUAAAAAAUCACAAAAAUGGACUAAAAUUAUUUUUAAAAUGGAAGGAAAACCGGAACCAGCUAUGAUUGCUGAAUUAUACAUAUCAUAUCGUUCAUUUCGAAAAAUUUUCCUCAAAUAUCUCAAAAUUUAUAAAUGCACAAAUAAUUUUACAACAACAAAAUUAGAUGAACAAAAUGCAUUUGAAUAUAUUUCAAAAAUUUCAUUGCUUACAUUUCUAUUUGUAAUUGGUGUAAAACCAUUAAUAAUUAUUGCAACGAAUAGAAUUGAUCAAAUUAUUGCUAAAGUGAUAAGAAGAAAUUAUCAAAAAGGAAUGUCAUAUGAAUGUUGCAAUUUUGAAAUACAGGAAGAAAUAAUUUCUGAUAAUUUCGAUUGUAUUUUAAGCAUAUCAACUUUACAAAUUGAAAAACCUAAAAUGAAAUUUGGCAGUAAUUUGAAAAAAACAUUUAGCAAUCAAUUUGUGGAAAUAAUUUGUCAACUAUAUGUGCAUUUUAUUGAUAUCAAUUGGAAAAUGCUUAAUGAUCAGACAGUUAAAACAUGUCUCAUACCGGAUGCCGAAUAUUCCAAGAAAAAAUAUUGGCCAUUUACUGAUUGUAAUAUGCAAAUUAAUGAUUGUAAUUCAUUGCAUACUGAAAUUCACUUUUCAAAUUUGCAAUUGGAAAUGUCUGAGCAGACGAAAAAUCUCGAAAGUGUAAAUCCUAUAAUUGAUCAAUUUAACAGUAAUAAUUUUGAUAAUACUAAAACGGAUUUGAUCAAUUCUCACUAUCUGUAUAAGUUAGUUCAAAAGAAAUGUUUACUACCGGAUCCGGAACAAACUAUGCCAUUUAUUGCUAUUAAUCUAACCGAUACAACAACAAUUCUAGGACAACAAGCUAUAUUUGUCACCAAGAUAAAUGAUAAUGAUGAUAUUGUUAGGAUUAAAAAACAAUUUCAUUUGCAUCAAUGUACAAAAUUGAUAUUUGAAUGGAUAAUUGAUGAGGAAAAUUUAUUGGAAAAUACUAUAAAACAAACUUUACUAAAAACAUUAGCAAUGGAAGAGACAAGUGUAAAUUUUAAAGCUAUUCAUACUGAUAUUAUUGAUAAGCAAAUUUUGUAUGAAAUUUGGGAUGAAAAUUUUAUCAAUGAAAUAAUUUGUUACAGUGGCGGUAAUCGAUUUGUUGAAAGAAUGCAAGAAAUGAAUGAUAAAGAAUUAAUUGUGGAACAGAUAAGAAAUACUGAUCGAAUACUGAUAACAGGAAAUAUUCGAGGAAUAGCAGGAAAAUUAAUUGAAAUUUUAAAACCACGUUUAGCGAUUGCUAUCUCAAGAACAAUGCUUAAUACAUGUAGCAGUGAUAAGAAUGGCUCAAUAAUUAGAACAAUACAGGCAGAUUGCACUGAUUAUAUGCAAAUGGAAAAAAUUUUUGCGACAUUUGCGCCAUUUGAUAUGAUCUUUCAUUGUGCAGCAACAGUAAGCAAUUGUUUGAUGGAAAAUAUGAAUGUGAAAUUAUUUGAAAUGGUUUGUCAACCAAAAGUUUUAGGUUUACAAAAUAUUAUCAAACUUUCAAGAUUGUAUUCAAUUCAAAAAAUUGUUGCAUUCUCAUCAGCUGCAACAAUUCUUGGCUCUGCUGGACAAGCUAAUUAUGUUGUUGCUAAUGAACUUAUGGAAUAUUUGAUGCGAAAAAAUGUACCAAAUGGAUUGGUCAUUAGUUGGGGACCAUGGGAUGGUCAAGGAUUUUUGGCCGGUGAACAUAUGGCUAAAAUUAGACGACAAAUUCAGACCAGUGGUUGGAAAUUAUUACAGGUAGAACAGGUGACACAACUAUGUUACAAAUUACUUUCUAGUAAAGGUCAUCAUAUAGCAAUGAGUGUUAAUUUUGAUAUACUUCAAAAAAAACGUCCAUAUUUGAGAAAAUUUUUGGAAAAUAUUUCCAUUAAUAAUGACAAUAACAACAACAACAAUAACAAUAAUAGCGACGACAAUAACAACAAUAGCGACAACAAUAACGACAACAAGGGAGAUGAAUUUAUUUUACAAAAUAAUUUGCAUUCAAUUUCUGGAUCCGAAAAAAAUUUCACUGAAAUAAUCAAUAAUUGUAUUAUGGAAGUAAGUGGUAUAACAGAUGUUAAAUUUGAUAUUGGUUUUAUGUCAAUGGGAAUUGAUUCAUUAAUGAUUACCGAAAUGCAAAAAUUACUUAAUGAACGAUUAAAUUUAAAUAUUCCAAUUGCAAUUUUCUAUGAAUAUUCAACUGUUCAAACAUUAUCACAAUAUUUAGCACAAAAUAUGCUAAUAAAUGAUAAUAAAUUACAAAAUGAUAAGCGUAUGAAAAAUGAUAAAAAUGAUAAGAUAGCAAUUAUUGGUUAUUCAGGUGCAUUUUCUGGCGCAUCUAAUGAUGAGAUAUUUUGGCGCUCUUUGCUAGAUGGUCAAGAAUUAAUUGAGCAACAAAAACGAACAAAAAUAAAUGAUCAUGAAGAAAUGAUAGAAGGAAUUGGUAUAAUGCCUGAUUUAGAUAAAUUUGAUUAUCAAUUCUGGAAUUUAACAUCUAGUGAUGCAAAUUAUAUUGAUCCACAAAUUCGUAAAUUUGUUGAGCAUGCAUAUAUUGCUCUAGAACGUUCUGGUCUUAUACGUAUUCGAGAUAAAUUACGAAUUGGUGUUAUUGUUGGUGCUGAACCAUCAGAGUAUCACGUGAAAUCACGUUGCAUUGGUGGUAUUGAAAAUUUAUACGAGAUUAAUCAAAAAGAUUUUAUUGCUACAUGGACCAGUCAUUUGCUCAAUCUAAAUGGUCCAUCAUUUGCUGUUUAUUCAGCAUGCUCCACUGCACUUAUUGCUAUUGUACAAGCAAUUAAUUUACUAAAACAAAAUCAAUGUGAUAUUGUACUUGCUGGUGCUGUAUCAUUAGCAUUACCUUAUACAGGUAACAAUAGUAAUAAUAAUAAUAGCUUAAAACAUGGAAUGAUACUAUCAACUGAUGGUCACUGUCGUCCAUUUGAUCAACAAUCCAGUGGAACAGUUCGAGGUUCAGCAGUUGGUGUUAUUGUACUACAACGAUUAAAUGAUGCUCAAAAAAUGAACAUACCUGUUAUAGGUAAUAUAAUUGGCUAUGCAAUUACAAAUGAUGGCUUAUUAAAGUCAAGCUUUAUGGCACCAAAUAUUACUGGUCAACAAAGCUGUAUCAAAAAAGCAAUUGAAAUGUGUGACACAAAUGAAAUUGAUUAUAUUGAAUGUCACGGUAGUGGUACAAUAACAGGUGAUCUAAUUGAACUUACAGCAAUGUCACAGUGUUAUCAACGUGACACAUUAAUUGGUUCUGUUAAAGCAAAUAUUGGACAUGCAUUAGCUGGUGCUGGUAUUGCUGCAAUUAUAAAAUUAUGCAAAAUUGCUGAAAUGAGAAUUAUUCCAAGACAAAUUAAUUUUGAACAAUUUAAUGAACAUUUAAGCGAUGUUAGCUUUCAAAUUACCAAAUGUAAUAUUGAAAUUGAGAAGAAAAUUUUACGUUUAGCUGUAAAUGCAUCUGGUAUUGGUGGUACAAAUGCGCAUCUAAUCAUUGAAAAUGAUAAUAAUCAUUUCUUAUCAACAUAUCAAUCAAAUAAUAAUCAUUAUUUUUAUGCAUUAAUCAUAACUGGUAAAAGUAAAAAUGCAUGCAUGCAACUUUGUAAUUGCAUUGGUAAUUAUUUGCAAAUGAAAAUGAAUUUAAAUCAAAUUGCAAGUACAUUGCAAAAUUAUCGUGAACAUUUUCAAUAUCGAUUUGGUAUUACUGUACGAACAAUUAGCGAUGCUAAAAAUGAAUUAAAAAAUGCUGUUAAAAUUGAAAAAAUAAUUAAUUUAAAAUGUGAAAAUAUUGCAUUCUAUAUUGCACCACAAGGAUUGGAAUAUUUAAAUAUGGGUUUUGAAGCAAUGAAAUAUAAUCAAACAUUUUGUAAUGUAAUGAAAAAAUGUUUUCAUAUUGCUAGUAAAUUAAUUGGUGUAAAUUUUGAAAAUAUAAUUCAUCAACAACAACAACAACAACAACAACAACAACAACACCAACAACAAACAAUAACAAUGGAAAAUAUGCUUUUAAAGCAACCAUAUUCACAAUUAGCUACAUUUAUUAUUUGCUAUGCUUUAAUGGAACAAUUAAAAGAAUGGAAAAUUGAUGGUUGUAUUAUGAUUGGACAUAGUUUAGGUGAAUAUGUUGCUGCUGUACAAGCUAAUGUUUUUGAUAUUGAAACAGCAUUAAUGAUUAUUUUCAAACGUGGAUGUUUGAUUGCAAAAACAGAAAAUGCUAAAAUGUUAGCUGUAAAUUGUGCAAUUUAUAACAAACAUUUGAAUAGCAAUAAAAAAUGCUUGCAAAUUCCUGAAACAAUUGAAAUUUCAGCUCAUCUACAUUCAAAUUUGAAAUGUUUUGUUGGUAAACCUAAAACAAUUGAUGCAUUUAAGCAAUUGUUGGAAAUUAAUGAAAUACAUUGUCGAGAGCUAACAACAAAUUAUGGUUUUCAUAGUUCAUUUAUGAAUUCAAUACUUGAUGAAUUUGAGCAAUUUUUGGCAAAAUUCACUUUUCAAAAGCCAACAAAACAAAUUUUAUCAAAUAUUAAUGGUGAAUUAAUUAAGCAUUUUGAUGCUAAAUAUAUGAUUGAACAUAUGCGUUAUGCUGUUCGACUUGAUAAAUGUAUUGCAAAUUUAAGCGAUCAAAUUAAAAUAAUUAUUGAAAUUGGUCCAAAAGGUAUUUUGGAAAGUUUAUUAAAUGCUAAUAAACAAUGCAAAAUUGAUAUUAUUUCAACAAUACCAUCAAAGAAACAAUAUGAAAAAGGUUAUGAUACAGGUAAUUUACUUCAUAUUGCAACAAAAUUAUGGAUGAAAGGUUAUGAAUUAAAUUGGGAAAAAAUUUGUGGCAAUUAUAGCUUUGAUAAAUUUCUUCCAAAUUAUCAAUUUGAAAAAAAUAUUUGCUGGGAGAAACAAACAGUGAAAUGGACGAGUGAAAAUAUUGAUGUAAAUUUGUAUGAAUCAUGUUGGUUAUCAUGUAAAUAUACAACAAAACAACAACAACAACAAUUACCAAAAGGAGUUUUAUUAUUUGUAUCACAAAGAAGGACAAAUUCAAUUGAUAAAUUUCUUUCAAUGCUACAUAAUUUAUUUGUACCGGUGCAGUGUAUUUUUAAUGAUACAAUAUCAUUAACCGGAAAUAUUAAUGUAAUAAAUGAUAAUAUUUAUAUUAAUUCAAAUAAUCAACAAUCGUACUAUGAAUUAGCUAAUUUUCUUCGCAGUAAUAAUUUUUAUUAUGAUACUAUAAUUCAUGCAUGGAAUUUUCCGGUAAAUUUACAAACUGAUGAGAGCAGUGAUUCAUAUUUAUUAACAAGUUUUUAUUCUGUAUAUUGGAUUUUAACAAUUAUUACACAAAAUAUGAUUGAUUUAAAAUUUCUGACAUGUAUUGAUUGGAAUGCAGAACCGGAAAUAUUUACUGUUCUUGGACCAAUACGAGAAUUUGUAAUGACAAAAAGAUCAAUGAAAGCUGCAUGUAUUCUUUGCACAUCAGAAAUUAAUUUAUUUGAUGCAUUACAAUUACUUCAAUUGCAUCAUGCUAAUUUUGCAUUAAUUCGAAAUUUUGUAAAUGAUAAAUUUGAGUAUUUUUCCUAUCAAUUAAAAUUAACUGAAUGUGAUAAUUAUUUGAUUGGAAAUGAGAAACAAUCAAUAAUUGAUAAGAAUGAUUGUUGUCUGAUUCAAAAUGCUGAUAUCAUUGUAAUUUUUGGAUUUGGUAGCAUUGGACAAUCAUUUGCAAAUGUUCUUUGUCAAAAUUUUAACAAUUUAACAAUUUGUAUUGCUUGUCCAAAUGCUACAAAACACUUUCAACAACAUCAAAAUAAAAUUAAUCAAUGGAAAAUUUUACGAAAUUUGGAAAUGUCUAAAAAAGUUAAUCAGACAAAUGUAGCAGCAAUUGUUGAUGUUAACAAUGAGCAACAUAAAUUCUUUGCAUAUGACAUUGAUGUGACAAACAACGAUGAUGUGCGACAUUUAUUGACACAAAUAAUGUCACAACAUAAACAAAUCAAUGUUAUCAUACAUGCAGCAGCUGGAAAAAUUGAUCGUAGUAUUAAAUUUGACAAAAAUUUCAAUGAAUUACAAACUGUUUUGCAACCAAAAAUUUGUGGUAUUCGUAAUGUAAUCAAUAUUUUACAUGAAAAUAAUAUCAAUAUUCGAAGUUUAAUUCUUAAUUCCAGUAUGAAUGCAUUAUUUGGCAUACCUGGUAAUAGUGAUUAUGCAGCAUCAAAUAUUUUUCUUGAUAUAUGCAGUGAGCAAAAAUUCCGGAAUGUUCAAAAAAUUACAACCGUACAAUGGACCGGUUGGAGAGAUAGCACUAUGCUUAGCAAUUAUAACAGCGACAAAAAUAAAAGUCAAAAUCCUGUAGCAAACCUGAUCAUGAAAUAUUCAUUAUCAGUAAAUGAUGCUGAACAAAUGAUAAAAAAAUGUUUGUAUCAACAAGGAUUAAUUGCUGUUUCAUUUAUUAAUCCAAAUGAAAUAAUUCAGGAAAUUCGUAAAUUAAAUUUUACAUUAAAUGAUAAAUUUGCAACUGAAUUAAUGGAGGAAAAAAAUAUGAAAAUGAAUUGCAAUGAAUUUAAAAAUGUUAUUGCAAAAAUUUGGAUGAAUUAUUUGAAUGUUGAACAGAUCAUUGAUCAUGAUGAUUUCUUUCAAUUAGGUGGACAUUCAUUAAAUGGUAUGCAAAUUAUUUGGGAAAUUAAUUGUAUGUUGCAAAUUGAUUGCAAAUUGGAUGAUUUAUUUCAACAUUCACAAUUUCAACAGUUUUUGCAUUUUUUACAAAAUGCAAAAUUGAAAAGAAAUGAGCAAAAAUUUUCAUUUAAAUUAAAAGAUUACAAAAUGUUUGAUUGUAUUGAAAAGUUAAAAAUGAUUCGAUUAAGUUAUCCACAAGAAAAUAUGUUUAUUUUACGAGAAUUACACCAUCCAACACUCUAUAAUAUUUGCUUUUUGCUAACAUUUCAAGGAUUAAUUUGCAUUAAAAGUUUGCAUAAAGCAUUUCUAUUUCUAAUUGCACGACAAACAUCACUACGAACAACAUUUCUGAUAAGAAAUGAUAUAUGUUAUCAGGAAAUUCAAUCACUUACUGAAUCCUAUUAUCAUAUGUUAUGGCCAAUGUUAGAUGAAUAUGAACGUUAUCAAUUGAUAAAUGAUGAAAAAAAUCAUAUAAUGGAUUUAAGACAAAUUCCAUUUCGAUUAUUAUCAAUGUGUAGUAGUGAGAGCAGUGAUAAGAUGAAAAAUGAAUAUAUGAUAGUGAUAAGUCAACAUCAUAUUAUCACUGAUGGUUGGUCGAUGACUAUUUUUGCUAAUGAAUUAAGCAAAUUUUAUCAUUAUUGUCUAACAAAUGAGCAUAUUCCGGUAACAUUUAAACGUUUAUCACAUCAUGUAGCACAUUUUGCUGCAUGGCAACGUAGUGAUAAUUUUACUCAAAUGAUAAAUGAUGAUUUGAAACGAUUGUGUGCAAAAUUUCAACAACAACAACAACAACAAGGAACACAAAUUAUCACACAUAAAACAGCAAUUCUGAUAACAAAAUUAAUUCGUCAAAAAAUUUUCAAUGUUUCAUUAUCACUAUGGAUGCAGGUAAAUGAAACAGCUAAACGUUAUCAACAAACUGUUUAUACAGUAAUGCUUACUGCAUUUGUAUGUCUCAUUCGUAAAUUCUCGAAUGAUUAUGAUAAUAAUACAAUAAUAAUUGGUUGUCCGGUAUCUGGUCGAAUGAAUGUUGAUGAAAUGAAAUUAGUUAUGGGUUAUUUUUUAAAUAAUAUUAUUUUAAUUGUUGAAAAUUUUCAAAUGAAUGUAACAAAUGAAAUGCUUUUUGAGCAAAUUAAAGCAGCAAUUCAGGAUGCUCGUUCAUUUGAACAUUUACCAUUUCAUUUAUUGGUUGCUAAUUUAUCAACAGAGCAACGACAAUUUGCAACAAAUCAACAUCCUAUUUUUAAUAUAUUUUUUAACUAUCGUCAUAAUCUUGAUUUUCCAAAAAUUGAAAUUUCAAAUGUGAAAUGUUCAAUAAAACAACUUACCACAAAUGAUGCAUUUGAUUUUGCAUUUACAAUUGAUGAAAUAAAUGAUAAUGAUAAUGGACCAUUAAUUACUAUUAAUUAUAAUGCAAAUCAAUAUUCCAAUCAACUUAUCGAUCAAAUGAUUGUUGUUUAUUUGAAAUUACUUAAAUCAAUUUGUAGCAAAAAUGAUUGUAUUCAAAAUGAAAUGUAUAAUUUCAAAUGUAAAAUGCAUUAUUGUGAUGUAUUAUCAGGUAGUGCUAUUGAUAUUAUCAAACAACAAGCAAUACAUACUGAUAAGCUUAUUGCUUUUUGCAAUUCAUAUCAAACAAUAAUUACUUAUCAACAACUGUACGAAAUGAUUGAUGUAUUUUCUAAGCAAAUAACACAAUUUUAUUUGCAAAAUAGUUGUGAAAAUAUUCGUGCUGAUACAAUAAUACCAAUAUGUGCUGAUUCAAAUGCAAUAAUAGCACCGCUAUUAGCAGUGCAAUUAAUUGGUGCUGCAUAUGCGCCAAUUGAUCCAGCAAAUUCUAGCACAAUGAUUGCACAAUUAGUGCAUGAUAUUGGUGCAACAAUUAUUAUUGUUCAAGAAAAGCACUUAAAUUUGAAUAUUCCAAUGCUAAACAUGGAACAAUUUGCAGCAUUUACUAAUCAACAACAACAACAACAAACUGAUACGAAAAAUUGGAAAAUGAUUUAUUGCAAUAAAAAAUUAGCAAAUGAACGGAUGAAAAAAUAUUCACAAUGUAUUGAUUUAUCAUAUGUAAUAUUUACCAGUGGUACAACCGGAAAACCGAAAGCAGUUUGUGUUACAAAUCAAAAUUUGCUUAAUUUUAUUGUUGCAUCAACACAACAAACAACAUUUCAUCCUAACUAUCGCAUUUAUCAUUCGGUAAAUACAAUUUUUGAUGUAAGUUGUAUGAAUAUUUUUACAACAUUUUCAAAUGGUUGUUGUUUAAUUAGCGCAGCAAAUAUUCUUAAUGCAACAAAUGAAAUUAUUGAAAUGAAUGUACAAUUUGCAUUCUUAUCAGCAGCACUAUUUAAUAUGUUUGAUAAUGAUGAGAUUAAUCAGUUGCAACAACUAGAAAAAUUAUUUGUUGGUGGUGAAACAAUUAACAAUCAACAAAUUAAUCGUUGUUUACAAUUGGGAAUUUGUUUAUGUCAAAUUUAUGGACCAACUGAAACAACAAUUUGGUCAUUAACAAAUAAUUGCACCAUUUUUGAAAACGAAUGUGGUCGUAUAAUUGGAACAGUAAUUAAUAAUGAAUUUGCAUAUGUAUUAGAUUCAGAAAAUAAUCUAACAUGUAAUGGUGCUAAAGGUGAAUUAGUAAUUUGUGGUAAUGGUAUAACACGUGGUUAUUUAAAUUUAAAUAAUUCAAAUGUUUUUAAAUGUAAUAAAUUUCAUACUAAAGAAGAUGAAAUUUUAAAACGUAAUUUAAUUGCUUAUUACACUGGUGAUUUUGUAAUAAAAUUUGGUGAAAAAUAUCAUUUUCUUGGACGUAAAGAUAAACAAUUGAAAAUGCAUGGUUAUCGUCUUGAACCAACUGAAAUUGAAAUUGUAGUACGAAAAUGGGAUUUAACAAUUGGAAAUGUUAUUGUUUUAAAAAAUGAACAAUUAGAUAGUUUGGUAUUAUUUAUUGAAAAAGAAACUGAUAGUAAAUAUUACUGUGAUUUAUUACGACAAUAUUUGAAUGAAAAUUUACUUCAUUUUAUGAUACCAAAAAAAAUUAUUUUGCUACAACGAAUGCCAUUAAAUCGAAAUGGAAAAAUUGAUGUGAAUAAAUUAAAUGAAAUGAUAAGAAAUGAUUAUUAUUAUCAUUCCACUGAUAAUGAUAAUGAAAUUAUUGCAUCAAUUCAAACUAAUAAUGUAUUACAACAAGAGGUGCAAAAAAUUUGGUGUCAAUUAAUUGGCUUAUCACAAAUUAAUCUCACUGAUAAUUUUUUUACAAUUGGUGGACAUUCUCUGCUACUAAUACUUCUACGACAAAAACUUCGUGAUAAAUUUAAUUUCACUUUAAAUUUUCAACAAUUCUAUCGUCAACCAACAUUAGCAGCACUUAUUGCUAGCAUACAAACAGAACUGAAUAUUUGCUAUAAUGAAAAAAAUGAUUACACUUAUCAAAAUUAUCAUUUAUCUGUACCUUUGCAAGAUUUUAAUUUGAUAAAAUUUGUCAAUCUUCGAGAAACUGUCACAUCAAUUGGUAAUGUUUAUAUGAUACAUGCAAUUGCUGGUACAAUUUAUUCAUAUUUUGGAUUAGUAUCAACUAUACCACAAUGUUUUAAUAUUUAUGCUAUCGAAUAUGAAUUGUAUUAUCCAUCGGAUAGUUUAAUUGAACUUGCAACAUUUUACUCGAAACAGAUUGUUAAACAUAGUCAAAUGAAUGCGAUAUAUUUAAUGGGACAUUCAUUAGGUGGUAUUUUGGCACGUGAAAUUGCAGAAUUACUUAAUAAUAAUCGAGAUAAUAAAAAAGAAUUAUUUGUUAUAAUGCUUGAUUCAUGGUGUAUUGGUAUUGAAAAUUUACAUAUGAAUACUCUCAUAUGCUACCUUCAGGAAAAAUUAAAAGGAUUGCCAGAUAAAGAGGAAUAUAUUAAGAAAUCGAUGAAAUUAACUAAAAUGCUACAAAAUCAUCAAUUUACAAUUAAUUCAAUCAAAAUUUACCUUUUAAAAGCAAAAGAUCAUGGAAAUUCUCCUCUUCGAACACAUCUAAGAGAAUUAAAUUCCAAACAACAAACACAAUCGUUAAUUUCAAAUGGAUGGCAUAAAAUUUCAACGAAAAAAGUGGAUAUAUUUCUGGUUGAUGGUGAUCAUGAUUCGAUGUUACAGCAACAUAAUAUGACCUUGUUGACCCGUAUUUUUGCUUACAUUUAUGCUAUGAAUGGAAUCAUAGUUGAACAGUCUUAA